AUGGGCCAGCCUCUCAUUCCCCCCACCCCAGCCGGUACAAGCGAGGCCGGAAAGACGAUCAUCGUCACGGGAGGAAAUACCGGCUUGGGCUACGAGGCCGCUAGACAAUUCCUCACUCUGGGCGCAUCGCGCGUCAUACUUGCUUGUCGCUCCAUUUCGAGAGGCAAGGAGGCUGUAUCUGCCCUCAAGGCCGAUCCCGAGGUCCAAAAGGCCAACCCGUCGGCGACAGUUGAGGUAUUUGAGCUCGACCUCGAUGACUAUCAGUCAGGGCUCAGAUUUACGGAGAGGGUCAAGAAGGAGGUCAAGGAGCUAGAUAUACUACUAAACAAUGGCGGCAUGGUGGCCAUGAAGUACGAGAGAAGCAAGAGCGGACACGAACGCAUAAUGCAAGUAAAUUGCUAUACGCACAUCUUGAUCUGCCUCGAGCUCUUCCCCCUCCUCCGCUCCACCGCUGCAGCCCGAGGUUCUCCCGCGCGCGUCACCUUCGUCGGCUCGGGACUCCACAUCAACGGACACACGCUGUCUAAGAAACCCAUCUGGGGAGGAGAAUCUGUGCUGGGCCACUUGGACGACGAGCAAAUCUUCGACAAGAUGAGCCGGUACGCGGACAGCAAGCUCGCAGUGGCCGCAUACGUCAGGCGCCUGGGCGCCGUGGCGCCGACCGAGGUCACCGUCAACCACCUCUGCCCCGGACUGGUCCAGACAGGCCUGGAUAAGCACCUGCCGUUUUUCUUGAAGCCGAUCAUGUGGACGUACCGCAAGACAUCGGGCCGCACUGUUCAGGAGGGUGCUCGCACCCUGAUUCAUGCCUGUGCUGUGGCGGGCCCUGAUACCAAUGGUAAAUUCUUGCAACAUAACAAGAUCCAAGCUGGCGCUCCCUUUCUUGACGAGCCUGCGGGGCAUGAGUUUACCGACAAGCUCUGGACAGAGACUGUUGAGGAUGUGGCUGCUAUUGACCCGGAGUUGCGAGUUUUUGCUUGA